AGCAAAGGAAACGGAGAAGAACUAGAUUUUUGUAUCUCCAUCUUCUAAUGGGAUUCUCUCUUCAGCUUCAAGAUGUCACAGUUUUCGGCAUUCUUUUUGCAAUUAUCUGUCUGUGGUUGGUUAAUGCCAAAGGUAACAAGAACAAAGGCAGAAGCCCACCAGAGCCCUCCGGGGCAUGGCCUGUAAUGGGUCACCUUCAUCUUCUAGGAGCAGAUAAGCCACUACAUAGGACAUUCGGAGCCAUGGCUGAUGAGUAUGGACCAAUCUUCUCCAUUCGUGUUGGCCUUCGAACAGCUCUGGUGGUUAGUAGCUCGGAAGUAGCAAAAGAAUGUUACACUACCAAGGACAAGGCACUCGCCACUCGACCAAGAUCCUUAGCAGUAAAGCUCAUGGGCUAUGACCAUGCCAUGUUUGCGUUUGAACGUCACGGUCCAUACUGGCGUGAUGUGCGGAGGCUAGCCAUGGUUAAUCUCCUCUCCAACCGCCAGCACGAGAUGCUCAAGCAUGUCCGGGACUCAGAAGUCAAGUUUUUCAUCCAAGAGCUCUAUGGGCAAUGGGUAGAAAAUGGAGGCAGUCCUGUUUUGGUGGACAUGAAGAAAAAGUUUGAGCACCUGGUAGCAAAUUUGACGAUGAGAACAGUUGCUGGGAAACGGUGUGAAAAUGGCGAGUCAAGAUGGUGCCAAUCCCUAGGUGAUUUCAUGAAUCUAAUGGGGCAAUUUAUGGUUUCUGAUGCACUACCCUUCCUUGGAUGGUUAGACACAGUGAGGGGAUAUACAGCGAAAAUGAAGGGAACAGCUAGGCAGUUGGAUCGGGUUAUUGGAAGAUGGGUGGAGGAGCAUCGUCAGAAGAGGCUUUCCGGAAGCAUCAAUGACGCUGAGCAAGACUUCAUUCAUGCCAUGCUGUCUGUUAUAGAUGAUGCUCAGUUAUCUGGUCAUGACCAUGACCAUGAUACUGUCAUCAAAGCCACUUGCUUGACUGUCAUGUUGGCGGGCAAUGAUACAAUAGCGGUCACACUCACCUGGGCCCUCUCUCUGCUAAUGAACAACCCUCGUGCACUAAAAAAGGCACAAGAAGAGUUGGACUUUCAUGUGGGAAGGAAUCAGCAAGUGUACGAAUCAGAUAUAAAGAAGCUAGUCUACUUGCAAGCCAUUAUCAAGGAGACCUUACGACUAUACCCUGCUGGGCCGCUUGCACUGCCACAUGAGGCCAUGGAGGACUGCACUAUUGCAGGCUUCCACAUCCAAGCUGGGACUCGCCUUCUGGUUAACCUCUGGAAGUUACACCGCGAUCCCACAAUUUGGUCGGAUCCUUUGGAGUUCCAACCUGAGAGGUUCCUGACAAAGCAUGUGGGUUUGGACGUUGGGGGUCAACAUUUUGAACUUCUACCAUUUGGGUCAGGCAGAAGGAUGUGCCCAGGAAUCUCACUUGCUCUGGAGAUCCUGCAGCUGACACUAGCCAGAUUGCUUCAUGGUUUUGAAUUGGGAGUAGUUUCAGAUUCACCCCUGGAUAUGACUGAAGGUGUUGGGCUCGCUAUGCCUAAAGCAACUCCACUGGAGGUCACCCUAGUCCCAAGGCUACCCUCCGAGCUCUACCACUAAAGUAGUAUCCUUAUGUGUGCCACAAAAUCCCCUGGUUAGCCCUGGAAGGGUCUACUCCAAAGGUUUGGUCUUCAUAGGACAUAAGGAGCAACCUUCUGAGCUCUCCUGCUACAGAAGUAGCAGAAAAAAUAAUAAACAAUGAGUGCCACAAAAUCCCCUAAUUAGUCCAUGAAGAUGAUGAAUAAAUUAUGCUCAUUUUAUGUAUAUUUAUGUAGCUCACUCCGAAUGCAUAUCCACCUAAAUGAACCUCGAUGAAGAGCCUCACAUCUUGGGAUGUUACAUCA